GCGUUUUGGUGCUCGAUCUAAUCACGUUGGAAGUGCAUUUCAGGAUCUAGUAUAAAUAAGCAGUGGAGUGAAGCUUUUCGUUACAGUCCAAUAACCACCUUUCGAAAAGUUACAUCCAAAGAGUCCUCGUCAACAGAAAAUAAAAUGAAGCUACUGUUCGUUAUUGCCAUGGCCAUAGUGGUUGUCGUUGCCCAGGACUCCACGUACACCACCAAGUACGACAACAUUGAUAUAGAAGAAAUUCUCAACACAGAUCGCCUCUUCACCGGUUACUACAAAUGUCUCAUGGAUAUGGGACCUUGCACGGCGGAAGGAAACGAGCUGAAGAAACAUCUACCAGAUGCGCUAGAGACUGGCUGUAGCAAGUGUACUGACAAGCAGCGAGAAUUUGCUGUGAAGGCGAUCAACUUCCUCAUCGAGAAACGUCCGGACGAGUGGACAGCGCUGAAGGCAAAGUACGAUCCCGAAAAUAAGCUGUCCGAAAAGUUGCGUGACAUCGCACUUGCUGCCGGUAUCAAGCUGUAAGAAGGCGGAAAACGACGUUGAUGUACACUGUCCUACCAAUGAUGUGCCCUAUUGCUCAGAUGAUUUUAUUUUAUAAAUUUAUGUGAUUAGAAUGAAUAUACUAUGUACCUACCUG